CACCCACUUACAUUAAAUGUAGAAAUUAAAUUCCAUUGAAAAUUCUCAACUACACAAACACCAAUUAGGUACUAACAAUAACUCUUUCCCACCCACCUCAUGUAAAUCAAAUUCAUAAACAAAUAUUUAUAUACAACACAACAACAGCAUCAACAACAACAUAGUGAACAAAACACACAACCAUGGCUACUAAUGAACGUGACAUGUUCUCCGCUGAGAUUGUGAACCGUGGUAUCGAAUCCUCAGGUCCGAACGCCGGUUCAUUGACGUUCUCCGUGAGGGUUCGAAGACGGUUACCGGACUUUCUUCAGUCUGUUAACCUGAAGUAUGUCAAACUAGGUUAUCAUUAUCUUAUAAACCAUGGUGUUUAUUUGUUCACUGUGCCAAUCCUACUUUUGGUGUUUAGUGCUGAGAUUGGUAGUUUGAGUAAAGAAGAUCUUUGGAAGAAGAUUUGGGAUGAUGCAACCUAUGAUCUUGCUUCUGUUCUCUCUUCUCUUGCUGUUUUUGUUUUCACUUUCACUCUUUACUUCAUGUCGAAGCCUCGUCCUAUUUAUCUCAUUGAUUUUGCUUGCUAUCAACCAGAUGAUGAACUCAAGGUAUCAAGGGACCAAUUGAUAGAGCUAGCAAGAUCAUCAGGAAAAUUUGACCAAGAAAGUCUAGAUUUUCAAAAAAGGAUAGUAAUGUCAUCAGGAAUAGGAGAUGAAACCUACAUUCCAAAAUCAAUAGCAUCAAGUGAAAACACAGCAACAAUGAAAGAAGGUAGAGCUGAAGCAUCAAUGGUUAUGUUUGGAGCACUUGACGAACUCUUUGAGAAAACCGGAAUUAGGCCAAAAGAUGUUGGUGUUCUUGUAGUAAACUGCAGUAUAUUCAAUCCAACACCAUCACUAUCAGCUAUGAUUAUAAAUCAUUAUAAGAUGAGAGGAAAUAUUCUGAGUUAUAAUCUUGGUGGUAUGGGAUGUAGUGCUGGAAUUAUUGCUGUUGAUUUGGCUAGGGAUAUUCUUCAAUCUAACCCUAGUAACUAUGCUGUAGUUGUGAGUACUGAAAUGGUUGGAUUUAACUGGUAUCAAGGAAAAGAAAGAUCUAUGCUUAUUCCUAAUUGCUUCUUUCGUAUGGGUUGCUCCGCGGUUUUGCUCUCUAAUCGUCGUCGCGAUUAUAGCCGUGCGAAGUAUCGUCUUGAACACAUUGUUCGUACUCAUAAAGGCGCUGAUGAUCGCAGUUUCAGGUGUGUGUACCAAGAGGAAGAUGAUCAAAAGUUCAAGGGAAUUAAGAUAAGCAAAGACUUGAUCGAAAUCGGCGGAGAAGCUUUGAAAACCAACAUCACAACCCUAGGGCCAUUAGUCCUCCCAUUUUCCGAGCAGCUUAUUUUCUUUGCAACCCUAGUUUGGAGGAACUUAUUUGGAGGAGGCAAAAAAUCUGAUAAGAACUCAACAUCCUCAUCCUCAUUAUCAACAAACAAGCCCUACAUUCCUAACUACAAACUCGCAUUCGAGCAUUUCUGCGUGCACGCUGCAAGCAAAGCAAUCCUCGACGAGCUUCAAAAGAAUCUCGAACUGAGUGACAAAAACAUGGAAGCUUCAAGAAUGACGCUGCACCGAUUCGGCAACACUUCUAGCAGCAGCAUUUGGUAUGAGCUUGCUUAUAUGGAAGCUAAGGAGAAGGUGAAAAGAGGAGACCGUGUUUGGCAGCUUGCAUUUGGUUCUGGAUUCAAGUGUAACAGUGCUGUUUGGCGUUCAAUGGGACGAGUUGCAAAACCAACUUCUAGGAACCCUUGGCUUGACUGCAUCAAUGCAUAUCCUGCUCAACUCAAUUGAAAAAGCACUUUUUAUGAUUGUUAUUGUUAUGAAUCUAUUAUCAGUGAUUAUGAUUAUGAUUAAGAAAUUAUGACUUGUUUUUAGGAUGAAAUAAUGGUAGUUUUUUAGUUAAGUUAAGUUGGUGUUUAAAUUUUAAAUUUGUGGUUUGUGAUAUUGUAUACUGUACACUGAGGCAUAUAACAUGAUAUGCCAAUGUUUGUUUCUCUGUCACUUUAAAUUAAAUUUUUAAGCUACUUUUUCUUUCUUAUUAA